GCAGCAGCCAGUGGUUGAGCGAGGCAGCGGGGAGGAGGGGGGGGCAGCUCACAUCCACAACGACCACCGACACAACCGGGAACGCAUCGCCGCGUUCACCGACACACGACCGGGGAAGAUGGUCGCGGUGCACACGUCGCCCAACGCGUCUCCGUCGGCGGAGUGGAUCUGCUGUCUGGACAAAAGGCCCUCGGAGCGCUCGGGGGAGGAUGUGGACAUCAUUCUGACCAGACUGAGAGAGGUCAAGGCCUUCCACAGGUUCCCACCUCCACUCUUACUGCAGAUCUGUGCAUGUGCCUUCUAUGAAUGCCUGGAGAAAGGCAUCACGUUGUUUCGACAGGGAGACAUAGGCACCAGCUGGUACGCAGUCCUGUCUGGUUCUCUGGAUGUCAAAGUGUCAGAAACGGCCAACCACCAGGAUGCAGUCACUAUCUGCACACUGGGGAUCGGGACAGCGUUCGGGGAGUCCAUCCUGGACAACACACCACGCCACGCGACCAUUGUCAGCAGAGAGACCAGCGAGCUGCUCCGUAUCGAGCAGAGGGAAUUCAAGAGCCUCUGGGAGAAGUAUCGUCAGAGCUUGGCUGGACUGUUGGCCCCUCCUUAUGGAGCUAUGGAGAGUGGAUCCAACAAUGACAGACUGGCAGACAACAUGAACUCGGACUCUGCAAACAAAGCUCACACCAAGAUCUUUUCAGAGAAGCUGCAGAGAGCGGGGAAGGUUCUCCGCAACGUCAUCCUGUCCAGAGCCCCACACAUGAUUCGAGACAGGAAGUACCACCUCAAGACAUACAGACAAUGCUGUGUAGGCACAGAGCUGGUGGAUUGGUUGGUGCUGCAGAGUGCCUGUGUUCUCACACGCUCCCAUGCUGUUGGGAUGUGGCAGACACUACUAGAAGAAGGGGUGCUCAACCACGUGGACCAGGACCUGGGUUUCCAGGACAAGUACCUGUUCUACCGUUUUCUUGACGAUGAGGAUCAGGACACACCGUUGCCUGGUGAGGAGGAGAAGAGGGAGAGUGAGGAAGAGCUGCCGGAGACCGUCCUGUUCCUCGCUCAGAUUGGCCCUGACGCACUGCUGCGCAUGAUCCUCAGGAAAUCGCCUGGUCAGAGGACAGGGGAUGACCUAGAGAUCAUCUAUGAUGAGCUGCUUCACAUCAAGGCCUUAGCUCACCUCUCCAACACUGUGAAGAGGGAACUGGCGAGCGUUGUGAUCUUCGAGUCCCAUGCAAAAGCUGGAACCGUGUUGUUCAACCAAGGAGAGGAGGGCACGUCAUGGUACAUCAUCCAGAAGGGCUCUGUCAAUGUGGUUAUCUACGGCAAGGGUGUGGUGUGUACGCUCCACGAGGGUGACGACUUUGGGAAGUUGGCCCUGGUGACCGAUUCACCACGUGCCGCCUCCAUCGUCCUGAGAGAGGACAACUGUCACUUCCUUCGCGUGGAUAAGGAAGACUUCAACAGGAUACUCAGGGAUGUGGAAGCCAACACAGUGCGUUUGAAAGAGCAUGAACAAGCGGUGCUUGUGUUAGAGAAGAGUCCUCGCACCUCCACCCUGGGAAGCAUCAAGUACACCGUGAUAUCUGGAACACCGGAGAAGAUUCUCGAGCACUUCCUGGAGGCCAUGAGGAUGGACAUACAUCACAGUGAACCAGACCCAGCAGUGGAUGAUUUUGUCCUCAUGCACAGUAUCUUCAUGCCCAACAGCCAGCUGUGCCCUCUUCUCAUGGCACACUACCACGCGACAUCUCCGCCCGGCUCGGAGCAGGAGAGGUUGGAGUACGCGCUCAACAGUAAGAGGAGGGCCCUCAUUCUGGCUCUGCGCUGGGCUAAGACCCACACCUACCUGCUUCAGGAGGAUCCGGCUGUGAUCUCGUUCCUCGAGGAGUUGUACGGGAGCUUAUCAAAUGACUCUCGGGUGUUGAGAGCUUUGAAAGACUUUGUUCCUGACCUGGAGAAAGUCGUCAAAUUACAUUCGGAAGAAGCCAAAUCCAUAAAAAAGAAAACGCUGAUACGACAGUUCAGCAAUGGAGAGGAAAGGCUGCAGAAGAAACAGCCCAUUAGGAAUCAUGAUGACAUCCUAUUGAAGGUGUACUGCGGCGAUCACACAUACACUACUAUCCGGGUUGCCGUGGCAGCAACAGGAAGAGAAGUGAUCAACGCUGUGGCUGACAAACUCGGCACCAUCGAUGAGCUUGUGUUGGUCCACCUCAGCUCUGCGAGUGAAAAACAAAUCCUAAAGCCUAAUGACGUUUCGGUGUUUUCCACUCUGAGCAUCAACGGCCGAUUAUUUGCCUGUCCCCGAGACCAGCUCAACAGUCUGACUCCCCUUCCAGACCAGGAGGGCCCCACUGCAGGCUCCAUGUCAACCUUUGAGCUGAUGAGCUCUAAGGACCUGGCUUACCAGAUGACCAUGUAUGACUGGGAGCUCUUCAGCUGUAUGCAUGAGCAUGAGCUGCUCUACCACACGUUUGGCCGCCAGAGCUUUAGAAGAACCACGGCUAAUCUGGACCUGUUUCUGCGGAGGUUCAACCAGGUUCAGCUGUGGGUGGUCACUGAGGUGUGCCUCUGCGGACAGCUCAGCAAGAGAGUCCAGCUCCUCAAGAAGUUCAUCAAGAUCGCUGCACACUGUCGGGAGUUUAAGAACCUGAAUUCCUUCUUUGCCAUCAUUAUGGGGAUGAGCAACCCUGCAGUCAGCAGAUUGAGCCAGACGUGGGAGAAACUCCCCACCAAGUUUAAGAAGUUCUAUGCUGAGUUUGAGAGUAUGAUGGACCCGUCCAGAAACCACCGGUCCUACCGGCUCACUGUCACCAAACUGGAGCCGCCAAUCAUCCCCUUCAUGCCCCUCCUUCUCAAAGACAUGACAUUUACACAUGAGGGCAACAAGACCUUCAUUGACAAUAUGGUCAAUUUUGAGAAAAUGCGUAUUAUAGCGAACACAAUUCGGCAAGUGAGGCACUGUAGGAGCCAACCGUUCAACCCCGAGAUAUGCCAACCCAACAAAAACCAAGCGGAUGUGCGGGCUUACGUCAGGAAGCUCUGCGUGAUCGACAACCAGAGGGCGCUGACGCAGCUCUCCUACAGGAUGGAGCCUCGGAGGACAUGAGCUCCAGAUCGUCCACCGCCAUCGCCUUUUCUACGACGUUAGCAUAACAAUACACACACACACAGACACAAACACACACACACACAUACAUUACCUGGAUAAAAUAACUCAACUGGACUGGCCGUUUAGUAGCGAAUCCCAACCUUCAAUGACUUUACCAUGAACUAUUCUGGAUGACGGACUCAUUACUGUGCCAUUGCAGGCCUCUGGUUCCUGGGCUGGCAAAAACUCUUCGGCUGCUCUUUCGUGGCUCUGUCUGACGGUUUGAACCGCACUAGAUGUUACUGUUUGGGACCUGUUAGAUAGAACUGUAAUGUAUAGAACUUGAAUCGAUACCCUGCAUGACUGAACUUCAAAGGCUUUGUGUUCUAUACAGUGGAUUUCUAUCGGGGUGUCCUGUAAUAUUGUGCUACACCCUAGUUUACAAUCUACUACUGUACCUGCCUGUAAAGCAAACCUUACUCUCCUGAUGGUCCAAUCAUAGACAGAAAAGCCCAUAAACUGUAAUAACCAAGACUUACGGAUAAAUAUGAAAGUGCUUAUUUACUUCAUAAUCGACAUGAUUAUAUCCAGAUCUUUAGGAUGUCCUUUAGGGAAAUAGCAGUGACUUGAAAACUACUAGACAGAGUAUUAGUUGGAUUAAAAGCCCUAAUUGUAUUGCAAACAGUGUUCAGAUUUGACACAACAGUAUUGCGUUUUAUUUUUCAUCGGAGAAAAGCUCCUGUAGGAUAUGACUUAUGAUCUGUUCUGAGGUCAGUUGUAUAACCAAAUUGUACUUCUUUUGAUUUGGAAUCACUGACCCUGGAUGCAGAGGCGACUUGUACUUUGACGGGGACAUCUUGUCAUCUCAGUCCGUGUAAUUUAAUUUUUAUAUAUGUGGGUGUAGAUUGUGAGGUGUCAUUCAUUUUCCUUUGAUCUCAGGAGCUCCUGAUGUGACAGUGUGUGUGUGUUUGUGUGUGUGUCGAGAACUGCCGUAAAGGCUGUCUUUCCCCCCAGAGCAGCCUGUAACUGUACUUGUAUGUGUGGUCUGUCUUGUAAAUAAAAUAAAAAAGCUAAUUUAUCAGUG